AUGACCGUUGGAGGACCAACAAUCACACUUUCCAAUGGUGUGAAAAUGCCACAGGUUGGAUUAGGGACAUGGUUGUCAAACCCAUUUGAAACAAAAGCUGCAGUGAAGACUGCCAUCGAGACAGGUUAUCGACUGAUUGACACUGCUGCACUUUAUGGGAAUGAGGGUGCUGUUGGCGAAGCUAUCAAGGAGAUGAUUCAAGCCGGAAAAAUCAGCCGUGAAGAGCUUUUCAUCACCACCAAGGUAAAUUAUUAUUUCAAAGGAAACCCUGAAGACACAUUUCGGCUUCUUCACCGUAUCAAAAGAAAAAGUCGACCAAUGAGAGUGUGCAUCCUGCUCCGCCCUACAAUCAACGUGCGGCAUGGGUCAACCAUCUUCAUCCGGAUGACAUCGAAGAAGCUAUCCGCGACUCUCUGGCUCGACUUCAGCUUGACUAUGUCGACCUUUUAUCUCGCCCACAUGCCAACUUGUUUCAAUCACGAUAUGACGGCCCAAAAUCCUUCGGUAACCGUCCAAGACAUAUGGCGUGGACUGGAAGGAGUGUACAAAAAAGGGUUGACGAAAGCGAUAGGAGUGUCGAACUGGAACGGUGAACAGAUCGAGCGUGUCCUCAAAAUUGCUACCGUACCGAUUCACAACUGUCAGGUUGAGCUACAUCUUUAUUGGUCUCAACAUGAUUUACAUGAACUUUGUAAAAAACACAAUAUUUCGGUCACUUCCUAUGCGUCAUUAGGAUCGCCCGGUCGAGUGAACUACAAGGCAGCAGAAACGAAAUGGACAUCUGCUCCAAGUGAUAUGGAAGAUCCAAAUGUGAAACUCGUUUGGUUGAGCAGACGCUUAAACCUCCGCACAGGUGGAAGUGUAGGAGGCAAGACAGAGGAGAGAGUUUUGCAGUUGUUUGACUUCACGCUGACUCCUGAUGACUUACAGUUGUUGGAAUCGUCAAAGCAUCAACAGAGACUUUUCAUGAAUGAU